UUUUCAAGAUCUUUCAAAGAAAAAUGUUUCUUUCUCUGUGUGUGUUAUUCUAAAAAAAACCUUGUGGGAUGCAUUACUCUGUGGCAGAAAUUCAGAGGAAAAAUGAAGACUUAAAAGGCUGAGCUGAGUGUGAGAGUGACUUCAAAAGACUCGAGUCAGCUCAGCGCACUGAAGCUGGACACACUGAAUAUGGUCAUACUUGUCAUUAAAUGAAGAAGCCGAUGGAUACUCAACUUCAAGUGUGUUGUGGAUUACCAAAAGUGUGAAGAAAUCAUCACAGCAAGUCUACCUAUUCCGAGAAGAUGUAUGUGCCUUUACAAAGAAGCUCCGGGAAAAGAUCUUUGUAAAUGAGGCAACGGCAGGAGCUGUUGAGAACCUGUGACUCCAUUAAUAAGUUGUGCAGUGGGGACCUAUUAUGCAAGCCCUGAAACCUGAGAGCCCGUCACCUGUUCUGCUACCUGAGCCUGGGCCCUGGGGAUCAGUAGAGGAGAGAAGAAGGCAAACAGAGCCUUACUGAGCUACCUGCCUGAAGGACUCUACUCAUAUGGACAGGCCUGUGGUGUUGCUGCAAGCCCCGCAGAUCCCUGGUGGAUGUUUUAACCUGCAUCACUAAACCAGAGGCGUGUGAGGAGAAUGAAUUAACUGGAAAAUAUCAAGAUCAACUAGAGCGUGUCCACCAGAGCCAUCAGUGUUAAAGAUCUACCAGCCUGGCUUCUGUCAGUUGUAUAGAGCAUAUCGAGGUCUUAGCUCCCAGGGCGACUAAACCCUCCACGGGGUCAUUUGUAUAAACAUAUUGACCCAGCUGAUGAGUUGUGCUUUGCUCCUUGAUCCCCUGUCAGCUGAGAGGAGUUGUUGUUUCCUACAGCGCUAUAGAAGAAACCACAGAGCAGAGUCUUGGCCAGCUGGUGACUACAUCGAUCUGUUGCACUUCUUGCUAAACACAAGCUGUAGUUUGUCCUGUGGCCUCUGAUAGGAAGAAGUGGAUUUUCUCCAAAACAGAGGAGCAGCAGUUGUUUUCUUGACUUUGAGACCUUGUUUGUUUGUGUUUUUUUCAGACAGAUGAAAAAAUAGAAGAGAACUGGUCGAUGUCAGUAGUUUUCCACAGUCGGAGAUUCUCGAGCCAGUCAACACCUAACAUCAAUGAGGCCUCCAGUAAGGAUGUGGCUGCUUCACUGCACAAGAAUGUCUUGUCAUGGGCUGUGUGGCGGGGGCAUGAAGAGAAACGGAGCGUCUCUUUCAGAGCAGUAACACCGUCUGCCAUCUCGCAGGCUGCAGGGAGUUUUCCUUGUAGUGGGGUUUCAAACCUUUUCAGAGCUGCGAGUGUCCCAGAUGUGGUGGGAAGGAGUCCAAACACACUUUCUUCCAUCACCAUCACAACCCAGAAAGUCACAUCGACAGGUUCCACCUCGCUGCGUCCUGUGGAUCUGUCCUCUUUAAAACCGCCUACAAAGGUUUCAACUCCAGAACCUUUCGGAACACGAGACUUCUCCAAUUCCACAUGCGCUAUGAGAAUGACAAACUCCAAGUCGGACAAGCGCGCACAGACUCCAACCAUCUCCAAGCCAAAUGAGUUUAGACAGUCCUACUCACCAUCUGAUAGAUUGGCAACGAUAGAUCCAGGAAGGAGGAAAGUACAACUUGUGCAACGCAGACAGAGCCACACAGUAGGGGACACAAAUCUGCAUGUGAUGGAUGGUUCAUUAAUGCGACUGCCUUCAGAGACCUCCCAAUGUUCCCGCAUCCAUCUUGACGUACCUCUGCGGUCUGUUACUUCUGUCGUCUUUUUGGACAAGUCCCUCUGUAUUUCACUUGCAGACUUAGAGAAAAGACGUGUGGGUCGACCCAGUUUGUACAGGUCGGCCUUGUCUCUUCGCUUAGGUGUCUCAUCCCGGCAGAAAUCCUCUACAGAUAACAAACCAACCAAAACAAAUGAUGGUUGCAAGAGACCCAGGGCAGCCAUGUUGGCCGGUAACAAAUGCAGUGGCCGAGACAGUGGUUUUGGUCACUACAGAGGUCUUCAAUCAAAGCAGUGGGGCCGCAAGGUCGAGCAAAUAGCACCCACUUAUGGCGUUAACAGCGAGACUCACGAUUCAGACACGCAGCGCCACUGUGCUGCUUUAGGAUUAUUGUCAUUCAGAGGGCCAAGCACCUCAAACAUAAAGGCAUGCAGGCAGAAGGGGAAUGCAGAUGAGGCUGCAUACCCUACCCACAGCAAUUUCAAGCAGAGGCAGCACACACUCAAUAUUGGCCCAGUGGACUCCAGAACAUGGGACAAGCAAGUGAAAAGUAAUGAGAAAGAAGAACAAGCAGAACCCGGCGCAGAACUUAAUAAAAAGAGUCCGUCUGUGAAUACGGAUAAGUCCUGCUAUUAUCAUUCCCGACUGAAAGCAGAUUCUCUGGAAGAAACAGCCAAGGCUCUUAGCCUCAAAGAGGCUUUGGAGCUUUUCAGACCAGACUUUAUCAGUCGAUCCCAGAGUCGGGUGAAGAGGCUGGAGCAGAGGGCCAGGAGAAGGAGAGCUCUGCAGGGUUCCAACCCAGACCUGGUGCAAGGCCUCAGGGAAGAUCAGUGCAAACAAAAGAGAAACUGCACCACACCUGAUCCACUUAGCGAUAACCUUUUCAAGCCUAGAGAGAGGUCUAUAUCAGGCAGAGAGAUGCAGCUGAGGUCCAGACGGAUUUACAACAAGCUGCCGGAAGUGACAAAGAAAAAGGAGGAGGAGAAAAAGAGGGCUGUAUCGCAAACCAACAGACUGCGAGCAGAGGUCUUUAAAAAGAAACUUCUGGACCAGAUUCUCCAAAGAUAAAUGUAAGGUGCAGAUAAACAGAUCGCUGAUGACAUCAACCUGAGUGAGACUUUGUGUUACAUUCAGUUCUCUUCAGGUCUUUUUUUUUUUUCAAAUUUGCUGCUUGACUGAGCACGAAGAGGGUGAAAC